AUGAGGCAGGUUGGAUCGGUCCUUUGGCCGAAGUUGAGGGUGUUGCAGGUCUACGGCGCAAACACGGGUGUCGGGAAGACCAUAUUCUCAUCGAUUCUUUGCCGAGCAUUUCAGAAGAAGAUUCCGAACGUCAACUACCUGAAACCAGUCUCAACGGGCCCUCUGGACGAAGCGGAUGAUCACCACAUCUCAACACUCGGAGGAGCAGUUUCAUCUCGAUGCCUUUACCAAUUUGAUGAGCCAGUCAGUCCGCACAUUGCAGUGCGCUCAGCAGGGACACCUGUUACGGAUGCACAGGUGCUGGAGAAAGUCUACGAUGAACUGAAGGGAUACGCACACGGGCGAGAUGGCAUCGCAAUCGUCGAGACUGCCGGCGGUGUUCUCUCACCAAGUCCGUCAGGCAGCGCGCAAGCAGAUCUAUAUCGACCAUUGAGACUGCCCACUUUCCUGGUUGGUGACUACAAUCUUGGCGGGAUUGGAACCACAAUCUCAGCAUGGGAGUCUCUUCACGUGCGAGGAUAUGAUGUGUCAUCGAUCGCACUAUUCUCCGAGGACAGGUAUGGAAAUCACUCCUAUCUCAAGGAUUACUUUCGCGAUCGAAAUGUAAGCACAUUUGCGAUUCCGCCACCCCCAGCUCGUCAAGCAAGUGUGGACGAGGAUGUACGGCAGAUGCAGGAAUACUACGAGAAAUCUGCCCAGAAUCACGAGGUAGACGGCUUCACGGAGCGAUUCCUUGCAGAGCACGAGAAGCGUAUCAAGGACUUGCGCGAUAUGCCAGAGGCGGCGGAUAAAGCCAUCUGGCACCCAUUCAUGCAGCAUUCCGAGCGAUCGAAGGACACUAUCGUGGCGUGGGACUCGGCAUAUGGGGAUCACUUCCAGAGCUAUUCUCUCAAAAGUGAUGUCGAUGACUAUGCUCCUCGAGCCAUGAGUGAGAAGUCUAUCCUGAAACCCGCCUUUGAUGGCUCGGCAUCAUGGUGGACACAAGGCCUAGGUCAUGGCAACCCGCAAUUGGCGCUCACGGCAGCCUAUGCAGCGGGCAGAUAUGGUCAUGUUAUGUUUGGUGGUGCGAUUCAUCAGCCAGCGCUCGACCUCGCCAAAACCAUAACAGCAAAAUCAGGGAACACCAAGCUGGCCAAGGUGUUCUACUCAGACAACGGAAGCACAGGUAUGGAAGUUGCCGUCAAGAUGGGUCUACGCGCAGCGAUCAACAGGUGGCAACCCCAAGAGCCCCGAUCUCUGGAUAUUCGGAUAGUUGGCCUGAAGAACAGCUAUCAUGGUGACACGAUCGGAACCAUGGACUGCUCCGAGCCCAGCAUAUACAACGAGAAGGUCGAAUGGUACAAAGGUCGCGGAAUCUGGCUUGACUUCCCAACAAUCAAGAUGCGACAAGGGCAGUGGCAGCUUGAUACCAUUGGAGAGAACUUUACGAAACGCCACUUCAACUCCUUGACCGAUGUCUUUGCACUUGACCAGAGGAACGAAGACUACGAGAGUUACAAGCAAUACAUCCGAGAGACGCUUAUCGAUCAAGUCUCCGGGACAAACAUCAAGCUCGGCGCUCUCAUCAUUGAGCCAAUUCUUCUUGGUGCAGGAGGCAUGAUGUUCUGCGAUCCUCUUUUCCAGAAAUGCUUUGUUGAAGUAUGCCAAGAGCUUUACGACAGCGAGGGGAAUCUGACCAUGACGCCUGCGAGCUCGCAAGCAUCUCCAGAUUGGAGUGGCAUGCCAGUCAUCUUCGACGAAGUCUUCACAGGCCUCUACCGUCUGGGCCGAUUCAGCGCGGCCUCGUUCUUGGGCGUACAACCCGACAUCGUUGUCAACGCCAAGCUUCUCACUGGAGGUCUGCUUCCGCUCUGCACAACCACAGCCUCACAAUCCAUUUUCGAAGCUUUCCUGUCGAAUGACAAGACUGACGCCCUGCUUCACGGACACAGCUACACAGCUCAUCCAAUCGGCUGCGCAGUUGCGAAUGAAUCACUGCGACAACUCAUGACUCUCGCCAAAGAUGGCUCGUGGGAGAAUUACAAAGCCGACUGGUCUUCUCGCGGCUACUCAUAUGGCGUCUCAUAUCAAGGUUCAGAAGCGGACCAUCCUUGGAGUAUGUGGUCUCAGAACUUCGUAUCUGCCAUCUCGUACAAGAAUUCCGUGGAUAGCGUGUUCGCUUUGGGCAGUGUUUUGGCUAUAAGUUUGAAGGAUCCAAAGGGAAGUGGGUAUGCCAGUACCGCUGCUACAGGCUUGAGAGACCAACUUUUGGCGAGAGAAGGUGCGGAUGGAGCGGUCAUCCACUCGAGAGUACUCGGCAAUGUGCUCUAUCUCAUGGCUGCUAUGACUACGCCUGAGGAGACGGUGAGAGGAAUCGAGGAGACUGUACUGAACACAAUCUGA